GUUUUAAUCACACACAGACGCUGAAACGCACUCACUUCAAGUUCUCAAUAAAAAUAAAUCGUCAAGUCUCUUGUUUACUUCACCUCUCUCGCUCCACUUCUUCCCGGCUGUUAAUUUGCAGUGGUAAUAAGGCGUUUUUUGUGAGGUUGUUUGUUUUUUGUUUGGACGAUAGUGAAAAUGGAGUUUGAUGAAUAUGACUACUUAGAGAAAACAGUUGAGAAUCCGGAACCACGAAAGGUGAGGGAAACUGCUAAUGGUGAGGGUGAUAUUGUGAAAUCCAGGGAAAAGGAUCGACUGCGGAGUUCAAGGCGUAGGAGUGAUGAUAAGGAUGAUGGUGAUGAUGAACGAAGACGUUCAAAGCAAUCUAGAUCUGGAGAUGAGAAUAGGGACCGUGAACGCAGUAAAGAAAGGGGUUUGUCCCAUCAUCGGUCACAAUCUAGAGAUGGAGAGAGGGAUCGGCACAGGAGUAGCAGGGAACAUAGGGAUAGGGACAGAGGUAAGGACAGAGACAGGGAAGAGAGAAAUGGGAAAGAAAGGGAUCGUGAUCGAGAUAGGAGGGAACAUGACCAUGAUGGUGAAAGGGAGAGGGAGAGAGAGAAGGAGAGGGCAAGAGAGCAGUCACGUCGAAGCAGGAGUAGAUCAGAAAGGCACAGAAGUGAUCAGGAUGAAAAGGAUAGAGAGAAGAGCCGGGAGAGGGAGCUUAGAGAAAAGGAAAGAGAAAAGGAGAGGGAGUCAAGGGAACGGGACAGAGAAAGCAGAAGAUAUAAAGAAAGGAAGGAAGAAGCAACAGAGCCUGAGGUUGAUCCUGAAAGAGACCAGAGGACAGUAUUUGCCUAUCAGAUAUGUUUGAAGGCGGAUGAAAGAGAUGUCUAUGAAUUUUUCUCAAGGGCUGGCAAGGUGCGAGAUGUACGACUCAUCAUGGAUCGCAAUUCAAGACGAUCAAAAGGAGUUGGCUAUAUCGAGUUCUAUGAUGCGAUGUCCGUGCCUAUGGCUAUAGCACUCUCUGGACAGCCCCUUCUUGGUCAACCAGUGAUGGUGAAGCCUUCUGAAGCUGAAAAGAAUCUUGUUCAGUCAACUACAGCUGUGGCAUCGGGUGGGCUUAUAGGCCCCUACACCGGAGGGGCUAGAAGGUUGUAUAUCGGCAACCUGCACUUCAACAUAACCGAAGAUCAGCUUCGUCAGGUGUUUGAGCCAUUUGGUGCUGUGGAAUUGGUGCAAUUGCCUCAUGAUGAAAGUGGGCAUUGCAAAGGUUUUGGUUUUGUCCAGUUUGCACGUCUUGAAGAUGCUAGAAAUGCACUAAACUUGAAUGGACAAGUGGAGAUUGCAGGAAGGCCAAUCAAGGUGUCAGCUGUUACUGAUCAAGCUGGAGCACAAGAUGGUGGGACAAAUGUUGGUGAUUUUGAUGAUGAUGAAGGUGGUGGCUUGGCGCUGAAUGCACGUUCUCGGGCACUUUUGAUGCAGAAGUUAGAUCGCACUGGCACUGCCUCAAGUAUUACUGGUUCACUAGGCACCCCUACUCUACCAACAGCACCUAUCCUUGGGGCUGCACCUGUGAUGUCUCCUGCUAUUGCUCCUCUUUUAUCAGGUUCUGUUCUGGCUAUACCUGGACUUCCAGUUGCAGGUCUUCAACUUCCUGCUACUACAAUUCCAACCGUGGAGACAAUUGGAGUCCCAAGUGAUUGCCUACUCUUGAAAAACAUGUUUGAUCCAAAAACAGAGACUGAACCAGAUUUUGAUUUGGAUAUUAAAGAAGAUGUUCAAGAGGAAUGCUCAAGGUUUGGAAAUGUGAAGCAUAUACAUGUCGACAAGAACAGUGCCGGUUUUGUUUACAUGCGUUUUGAGAACAUGCAAGGUGCUGUAAAUGCACAGCGAGCUCUCCAUGGAAGAUGGUUUGCUGGGAAGAUGAUCACUGCAACAUUCAUGGUUCCCCAGGCCUACGAGGCCAAGUUUCCUGACAGCAGAUAGGAUUAUGAGCGUCUGAAUUUGGGUGAUCAAAUUCACCAUCUCGUCUGUUAAUUCUGGCUUUGUCAUGUUGCACUGUUGUUUAGAUUAGAUGAGAUAGAUGUUGGAAGAAAUAUGUACAUGAUAUCGUCAUGAAGUUUCAUAUUUGAAAAAUUCAGACCUGUUUUGUAUUUUGUACGUAUUGUAUGCCCCUUUGAAGACCAGAUAAGAUCUUUCAAGUC